UGAAUAGAAAAGCUCUUGAAAUAAACGCACAAUUUACAUAGAUGACGGCUAAGCAAUGUUUUAAAUAAAACCAGUGGGUUCGCGAAGUUGCAUAUUUACUCCUGCUUCCUGAACAAACAUUGGCGCCCCCCGGGUGGACUCACUGGUUCUUGGCCGUCUUCUAAACUUCGGACUUGCGUAUUGUUAUAAGUUGGCAAAUCACCAAGAGUUAUAUAACAAGUGCACGCGGCCAAUUUGCGUUGCGCAACAAAUGCAUCGGCAUCGCACAUUGGGUGCAUGGUCUAAGAUUUGGAGAUGCAUUUACGCGCCCGUGCAACUUUAAUUUCAUCUUUCGUCGUUGGAGCGCCCGCACAGCCGGAGCGCAGUACCCACUUACAUCUCGGCGUAGAGGGAGCGCACAUCGGCUGCGUCCAUCUCCUCGCCACAUUCUCGUCGGCACCCAUAGAGAGGUGCAAUAAAAGUCGUCUUUCGUCGCUGGAGCACCCGGAGAGGGGUGAGCCCCACAUACAUCAUCGUAGAGGGAGCGCACAUCGGCUGCGUCCCUAACCUCCAUUUCGUCACAGGAGAGCAUCUGCGGGCUUCAACCUAACCUCGUCGGAAACACCGAGAAGUACAUCCCAAUCGCAAUCUCAUCGCAGGAGCGCCUUUACAGCGAUCCGUAUUGUAUAUGGAAAAGUGGCUUACAUUUUUUGGGCGGCGCGGCCCGCUCGAUCGACUGUACUGCGACAAUGCAACCAAUUUUGUUGGUUCCUCACGGCUGAUUCAGGAGAUGGCCUCCGAUGUCCGCAGCACACUGGGAACGUACGGCGUCCAUCACCAGGUUGAGUUCGUCUUCAUUCCGCCCCGGUCAUUUCGGGGGCCUAUGGGAGGCCGCCGUCAAGUCCGCCAAACACCUCUUUCUGAGGGCCGUCAGAAGCGCCUUGCUGAAGGAGGACGAAGUCCAGACGAUCCUGGUUGAAGUGGAAGCAGUGCUUAACUCGUGUCCGCUAGUAGCUGACAGCAGCAACCCUAACGACGGAGAGGCUAUUACUCCAGCCCACUUUCUUGUAGGCACCACGCUCGCUGCUCUACCCCCAGGAUCGGCACCUCCUCAUCCGGACGACGACCUAACUCAUCUACAACGCUGGCAGCUUAUAUCAGCCAUCAAGCGAAGGUUUUGGCGAGACUGGUCCCGUAACUACAUAGCGCGGCUGCAGCAAAGAGUUAAGUGGACAAAGGAAUCGGCCAACCUUCUACCAGGAACCAUCGUCGUCAUCAAAGAGGACAAUUUACCGCCCCAGAAGUGGCUGCUCGGCAGAGUCACCGAAGUAACGCACGGAUCGGAUGGCAAGGUGCGCGUUGCUCUAGUAAAAAUCAAGCGAGGCGUAUACAAACGAUCAGUACAUCAUCUGGCACCUCUUCCCAUUAAUUGAAGGCCUACAGCGCUUCAACGCGGGCGAUGUUUGGUCAUCUCACUGUUUAUUUUGUUUUCUAUGGUCGUUGCGAUGCCGACUAUCGAAAGCUGCGAGCAGGGGCGUAGCACAGCUGAUAAUCGCUAAUAAAUUACCCCCUACAAGUCGGCCAGCAACGAUCAUACAACAAAAUACUAGAUUAAAAAUAAUACUAGAUUACCAUAAAAUACUAACUCUAGAUACCAAUGUGAUAGGGAAGAUCUGAAACGAGGGAGUUGGUAACAUUGUUGAAUAGAAAAGCUCUUGAAAUAAACGCACAAUUUACAUAGAUGACGGCUCAGCAAUGUUUUAAAUAAAACCAGUGGGUUCGCGAAGUUGCAUAUUUACUCCUGCUUCCUGAGCAAACAACAUCAUUACAUAUCGAUUAUAUAACUGAAGGAAGUUUUUAAUGUUAUACGAGAAUCAGUUAACAAUUCCAUUAUCAAUCAAGCAUUUAAAUGCAGUUAAUCUAAUUGUGAAAUAUGCGGAAACUUAAUCACUGAUAAUAGCGAUACAGUUUAAGAUCAUUUUCAUUUAACAGGUUAAUA